GUAGUCUAACGCUGCAGCAGGCUAGAGAUGAAGGUUUUUUUUUGCACUGGUGCCACUGAGCGAGAGAGCGAGGGAGAGGCUGAGCGGCAGAGCGCUGGAGAGGGAGGAAGAGAGGGAGCACGGUGCUGCUGAGCUCCCAGGCUUCUGCUGAACCUACAGGCCUGUGGGUCCGCACGCAGACACGCACACACACACGCGCACGCACGCACGCAGGAGAUCGCAGGACCGCCUCACCUCGCGCUCGGGCUUCCACACACUUUCACGUCUCUCCUGGAGGGGGGGAGGGGGGGGGACCGUAUCAAUUGGAUCAGUCCAGCGAUGCCUUCCAACGGAACCUCGGUCUCUUCCUGACCGCAGCGAUCUUCCUUCAACAAUACCCUCGUCCUCCUCCUCGUCCUCCUCUUCCUCCGGCCCGACGUGGAGCCCCCCGUCCCUCCUGCGUGCUCCGAGCCCAGGCUGGGCCUGUGAGCCCUACCCUGCCCUGCCUCCGCUGCCGUAAUUAGAUUCCCAUCCAGGAUCCGGGAGCGCCUGCCUGCUACAGCGCUGGGCUGGCUAGCGUCCUGCUAGCGCCGCGGCACUGAGGGCUGCUCUACUGCUCUGGGCUGGCUAGCGUCCUGUUAGCGCAGCGGCACUGAGGGCUGCUCUGCUGCUCUGCUGUAGGGGGGGACAGCUGUCUGAGGGUAGAGGUGCUGCUGGAUGGAGACAGUGUCCUCACAGUGCUAAGCUCGAGGAUUUGGGGAUCUGAGAAGGUGGGAGCCGUGACUGUGGGGCGGAGCUUAAUUAGGAGGGACCCACCGGGACACGCCUGAGGACAGUGCCUACGGGGACACCCCCCUCCCCCCCCCUGUUCCCCCCACCCGCUGCUCAUCGCCGCUGGGCGUCUGGAGAUGCCAGCGUCAGGGAGACGGCGCUCCUGCGGGGGUCUAGCGGUGCCGCGUCUCCCCUGGAGGACGUCCCGCCAUCACAACAGCAAGCCUGGACCCCAGCGGCGCCUGGAGGACCCGUGAGAGGCUGAGGCUCCCGCGUCACGUGACCGGGUUUUCUCUUUUUUUUGGCUUGGAGGCCGGGCCGAUUGAUUUAUCGGCAAGAUACCGGAGCACCCGCUGAGUCUGCAGCAGAGACGUCACCCGCCACCAGCCUGGACCCCGCCGUGCUGCCUUGGCUGAGAAACCUGGAGCCGCCACUACCGCUACUACUGCUAGUGCGGCCGCUGCCACUGCUACAGUAACACUGAGAGCGCAGCAGUAUUAAUUGUCCAUUAGCGGGCGGUCUGGGAGCCCAGCCGGGGAGAGGCACUUAGAUCACCUCUCCCGCCUGGGAAGGGGAAAGGAGCCGGAGCCGGAAGGCGUCUCUGUGGAGGAGGAGCUGGGAGUCGCGGGUCUCGGAGGGUUCCUGAGGAGCUCUGCUGAUGUGUAUGGGCUGUGACGCACCGCGCGCACGUGUGUGUGUGUGUGAGUGAGUGUGUGCGCGGGCGCGUGUGUGUGAGUGAGUGUCAGCACUGCAGCCCUCCUGCCUGUCCGGGGCUCACUCCGCUCCCAGGCUUUCUCGCGUUUGGCGGUAUGAGACCGUCCCCCGUCCUGGCGCGGAGGCCCGCCGGCGCUGCCCUGGUAACGGCCUGAGCCUCCCGGCGGGGCGGCGGCGGAUCUGAGGGGGAGCAGCCCCAUGUGAUUACGGAGAGGGGACUGAUAAGGUCACCCCCCCUGCUGGAGCGCUGCGGGGGGAAUAAGCUCAUUUCUCCUGAGGGAGGGGCACAGCCCAGCGCCUCCGGGACCGCUGGCGACCAUGCGCUGAGCCGCCGGCGGGCUGGUCUGGGGGAGCAGUCGCUGCCCGCGUCGGGGAGAGAGCCGGCCGGAUCCUUCCGGACUGAGCGGCCGCUCGCCGACACGCCUGUCUGCGGCGGCCCGUCUCCGUCUGCUGCUUCUCUUCCCUCGAGCCGCUCCCUCUCUCUCCACCCUUCUGUCUUUCGCUGUUUCGUCCGCUCUGUUUUUGGGGAGCGAUGGGAAGCUCUCUGGGCUGUGUGAAACGGCACCGGGAGGCGGGGGUGAACGGGGCGCCCCCUCUGUCCCCCAAAAAGAGAUUCCGCUUCAGACGCAAGCGCAAGCCCAGGAAGCAGCGGAGCGGGUCCGCGGGGGGGGGGGCCGGGGGGCGGGACCUCCCCCACAGAGGGGAGGAGGACAGCAGGAAGGAAGUGGUGGCGGCUGUCGCCGGGGGUGACGUCCGACCCAAACGGGGCGGUCUCGACAGCACGCCCGCGGCAGAGGUGCAGUCUCGCCCCGCAGAGCUCGCCCCGAGUCCCGAGGGCCUCCAUCCGGGGCCCGAGAGCGGGAAGGCGAAGGGCCCCAAGGUGCUGGUCCUGUCCCCCGAACCCAGCCCUGCCUGGAGGGGGGUGUUCUGCCUGCCCCAGGGGGAGGGGGGCGGCGGCGGCACCACGGGGUCUAGUGGGGACGCCCCGGACGCAGACGCCCCAGACGCGGACCAGGGCAGCGCGACCCCGGGCGGCGGGCGGGUGUGCAGGGUGAGGGAACGGGUGCAGGGCGUUCUGCAGAAGCCCCGAAUCCUGCAGGCCGAGCGGGGCCGAGAGGACCUGCACCAGGAGGACCAGCGCCAGGAGGACCUGCACCAGGAGGACCUGCGCCAGGAGGACCUGCACCAGGAGGACUUCCCCGCCCGGGACUCGGACCGGCCCGCCCCCACGGAGGAGAAGAGGGGCGUGGUGCACAUUCGGGAGGUCGGGGGGAAGCUGUGCGUGGUGCGGACGGUCUACCCCCGGGAUUUCGGGUCCCCGGUGUGGGGGGAGAGAGGGGUGGAGGUGCGGGCGGAGCCCCCGGCCCUGGCCCGGCAGACGGGGAACGUGCUGAGGGUGCGAGUGCGGGAGAAGGAGGAGGGGCUUUCUGAGCUGACGGACAGCUCUGGCGCUGACGUGUGGGCCACUCCGCCGGACGACCUCGCGGCCCUGAGGGCGGCCCCGGUGCAUGCUGGGAAGGCGGAAAAGGAAGCGAGCCGGAACGAGGCCGAACGGAGCGUCGCCGCGGGCGGCUUGCUCUCGGGGAACUCUCCGGUCCCCCAGGACCCCCUGUCAUCGGGGUACGCCAGCGACCUGCCCCUCACCUCCCCGGAGACAGGGGGCGCCACACAGGCGGACUGGGGAGGGCUCACCAGCAGCUCCUCUGAGGUUCUGGACACUUCCGCGAUGGAGAGCCCUCUCUCGCCCCCCGAGGGACCCCCUCGCCCCUCCUCUCAGAUCUCUGAGAUCUACGUGAGCGGCGAGUCAGGUGACCUGACGGCCAAGGAGAAGCUGUUGCUAUGGAGUCAGCAGGCGAUCGAGGGCUACCCUGGCACGCGCUGCGUCAACUUCUCCUCCAGCUGGAACGACGGGCGCAUGUUCAACGUCCUUCUGCACAGAUACAGGCCUGACCUGAUAGACAUGGAGGUGGUUGGACGACAGAGCAACCGCGACAACCUCGAACAGGCCUUCGAUAUUGCUGAGUCACUAGGGGUCACACGACUACUGGACGCUGAAGAUGUGGACGUACCGUCGCCGGACGAGAAGUCAGUCAUCACCUACGUGUCCUCCAUCUACGACGCAUUCCCCAAGAUCCCAGAGGGGGGCGAGGGCAUCCCAGUUCACGAAGUGGACCAGCGCUGGGCGGAGUACCAGGCCCGCUUCCCCGCCCUGCUCCAGUGGACCCGGCAGCACACGCUGCUCAUGGCCGACAAGAACUUCCCACAGAACCCCGUGGAGCUGAAGGCACUUUACAACGAGUACGUCCAUUUCAAAGAGACGGAGAUCCCGGCCAAGGAGAUGGAGAAGAGCCGAAUCGAGCACCUCUACAAGAUGCUGGAGGUGUGGAUGGAGUUUGGGCGCAUCAAGCUGCCUCAGGGCCUCCACCCUAACGACCUGGAGGAGGAGUGGGGCAAGCUGAUCCUGGAGAUGCUGGAGCGGGAGAAGGCUCUGCGGCCGGCCGUGGAAAGGUUGGAGCUGCUUCUGCAGAUGGCUAAUAAGAUCCAGAACGCUGCGCUGGACUGUGAGGAGAAACUCACUCAUGCCAAGAACACGGUGCAGGCUGGCGUGCUGAAUCCGGAGAACGUGGAUUCGGUGCGCUGUGAGCAGGAGCUGGGCGUGUACCUGCAGGACUGCGAGGGGCUGAUCCGGCAGCUGCAGCUGGACCUGCAGAUCCUCAGGGAUGAGAAGUACUACCAGGUGGAGCAGCUGGCCUUCAGGUGAGAGAGCGUGUGCAGAGCACGUGUGCAGAA